AGGGAGAGGGGGCACGCGCACGCUAAGCGCUGCCGGAUAUCGCUACAUUUGUGAACCACGUCCGCCAAGCCCGGCGGCCAGCGGACAGAGUCGCUGGGCCCCUGCACCAUGCAGCAUGGUGAGGGUCCCCGCCUAGUGGCACCACUGCUGGCUGUUCUGGUCCUCAGCUCGGCCAGGAGAAGCCAUGACAAGACGCACCUCGAGGUGCGGCCGACCUUCAUCCGGCCGUGCAAGAUCAACAACAACGCCGUCAAGGCAGCCGACGCGGUCUUCGCCAUGCGCGGCCGCACCACCGUCGUCUUCCACCUGAACGUGACCGUCAGCCGGUCCGUGGCCAGGUGGUCCAAGAGCACCGCGGUUAUUGAGCAGUGCGACCAGACCGUGUCCGCGGCCACCUGCUCGACCUUCCGGACGUUCGAGUUCCACGACAUCUGCGCCGUGAUGAUGAGCGCUGCCAUGCCGUGGGCCCGGGUGCUCGCCAGCAUACGGCCAAAGAUGAGCUGCCCCGUCACUAAGGGCAAGUACACACUGUCCAACGGCUCGCUGGCCAUGGACCUGCUCAAUGCGGUGAGCGGCCCGCUCCGCCUGGAGGGCUUCGUGUGGCGAGCGCUCUCCCAGGCUGUGGACUCGCGGGGGGACCCGCACAUCUGCUUGGACAGCGCCGGCGAGUUCUUUCGGGUGCGGAACCGACCGAAGGUCAAAGGCAUCGACGGGCUGGCAAGCGACAAAGCGUGAGCAAGAAACGCUAAUUCUCAUCCACUGUGAAUCGAACCUCGACAAACCCAUGGUAAGAGAAAUAAAGUUGUCUUUAUACGUCGAAA